UAAAAACAGGAGAGCACAGCCCCAUUCCAGAGACCUGAGGGAGGAAGGUCUGAGGCAUCAGCACCCCCGACCUGGCUCCUGUGACUCCAAAGUGAAACUAGGGACAUGGCCCUUCCCAAGACCUUGCUCUUCUCCCUGCUGCUCCUGGUGGCUGCAGAGGCCGGGGGUCAGGAGCCUGGGGUCCCGGGCUGUUACCUGCACCCCAUCAACGUGACUGUGCGGAGUGACCGCCAGGGCACCUGCCGGGGCUCCCACGUAGCUCACGCCUGUGUGGGCUACUGUGAGUCCAGCGCCUUCCCUUCCCGACACUCAGUGCUGGCAGCCAGCGGCUAUCAGCACAACAUUACCUCCGUCUCCCAAUGCUGCACCAUCAGCCGCCUGCAGAAGGUGAAGGUGGAGCUGCAGUGCCUGGGAAGCCGGCGGGAGCAGCUGGAGAUCUUCACAGCUCGGGCCUGUCAGUGUGACAUGUGCCGCCUGUCCCGCUACUGA